AUGCAAAUUAAUCAAAGCAAAAGUGUUGCAUAUUCCGAACAACGCUUAAAUGUAACAAAUACUGAGGUAUCAACUUCUGACAAAAUGCCAUCAACUCCUUCUGCAACUGCACGUGAAGAAACAGAAGCCGCUGAGAGUCCUUCUACCAGCAAUAAUUUAGAAACAAGGCAGGCUAGAGGGCAAAUUCAAGCAAAACGUUUUUUAGCUGAACGUCGAAUGCUAAAAAAGAUUAUAAAAGAUGAUAUUACGCCACCAUCGUUUGUAGUAAAUCAAACGCAAACAAGCACCUCACGUCGAAUAAUGGAAAAUGAGCGAGGAGCAGUUAAUAUGCUUCAUAUUCAGGAAGAUUCACAAGCGUCUCAAGCAGGCAUGUUGGAAGGACGAGUACGGCUCUAUGAAACUGAAAUGCAAAAACGAAUGAAAGAAUUCGUAAAUUACGUGAGAAGUUUAAUUACUCAAAGUUUCGUUUCAUAA